AUGAAUUAGAGAGAUGGACAUACAGAAAAGAUCGAAAAGGACUUUUCAAGAUUGUUGGAGAGAUAUAAUCGUUCAAAAUAAGUUAUCGAUUAAUUGUAUUAAUCGGGAGGGAAGAAUGAUACAACAAUACGUUCAGAGAAAAAUAAUAAAGAGGAGAAGGAAAAGGAGUAUGUGUCAAGGGAAAAGUAUAGCAAAAUGAGAAACUUAAACAAAGAGCUUAAAUUAACUCUAAAAGAAUACAUAGAUAGAACAAAGGAGCUGGAAUCUGCAAUUAGAGGAAAGGAUGAUCUUAUUGAAAAGUACGAGAAGGAACUUAGAGAAUAAUAGGAGAAUUUGUAUAAUCAAUUGCAAGAAUAGAAAGAAUAGAUUUUGAAGGAAGAUUAAUAAUCACGAAUCAAUGAAGAUCUCAGAACUUAACUAUCUUAGGCCAAAUAGAAAUUAAUUAAAAAGAAGGCAAAGAUUCAAUUGCUAAAGGAUUCCCAAAAAACAGUUGAUAGUAAAUUUGAAGAUUAGAAACAAGGGUUCCAAUAAGAGUUGGAGAGAGUGCAGAAAUUGUGUGAAGAGUUCUCAAAUGAAAUUAAAGAUUCAGAGAAGAGACUCAUAUGCUUGAAUCAAAAGGAAGAAGAUAGAAGAUAUUUGGAAAUGAUGAUUUAAGAAGAGAGAGAUAAUACAAAUAAGAUUAAUGAGAAAAAGAUAUUGUAAAUUACAAUAGAAAAUUAAGGGAAGAGAGUGCAAGAUUUAGAGGAACUAUUAAAGUAAGCCGAGAUAAGAUAUCAAAUGUUAUAAGGGAAAUUAGAUUAAGAGAAACAAGGGUUGAUAAGUGAGUUAUAAGAGACAUUACAGAAGAGAAAAUAAAAAGCUAAAUAGAUGCAAACAUAGAUCUAAUAAUUAGAAUAGAAAUUACAAGAUAAAUCAAAAGAAGAUAUUAUAGUUAAUAAAUAAAUUUAAGAUUUGUAAGGAGAAUAAACAAAAUUGUAAUCUUUACUUGAGGAUUAAAAACAUAAAACUGAGUAAGCAAUAAAUGAGGCUCAGUUUAAAGUUCAGGAAGUAAAAGAAUUGAAAGGAGAAAUAGAAAAAUAUAGAUAAACACUCUAAAUUCAAGAUGAAAAACUAUCAAAAUAUGAUGUUUAAUAUUAGAUUGACUAGAAAGAAAAACAAAGAUUGGUUCAUGAAAUUGAGAUUUGCGAAUAGGAGAGUAGAAAAUUAUAACAUUUGCUCUAUGAAUAAGACAGGGAGAUAGACUACAUGAGACAAUAAUAAGAAUAAGAAAUUUUACAUAUUGAGAAGAAAGUAGAUUCAUUGGUUACAGAGGUUCAUGUUGCUAGAGAAGAGGCAAAUGAAUGGAAGAGAAAUGCAAAUGAUUUGAAAAGAUAGUUAUAAUAAUAAGAAGAACAGACUAAUUAAUUUAAAGCAAAGUAUUUGAAGAGCAAAUAGAAUUCAAAAAAUCUGGAAAAUGAGUAACGAUUUGUAAUUUAAAUAUCUAAUGAUUCAUAGCUUGAAGAAAAAGUGAAGUUAUUGGAGAAUGAAAAACUGCUUGGAGAGAGAGAAGCUUUGAAAAAUACUGUAGUUUAAUAAAAAUCCAGUUCAAUAAAGUAAAAUUAAGGUGCUUGGACGAAAUCUAAAACAUGGAUCAAGUAGCAUAAAGUAAUAGAGAAUGAAUUCUUUAUAUUAAAAUAUUAAUUUAGGAUGAGCAAAAGUCAUGGAAAGAAUAUCCAUAUUUCUUAUCAUUAUUUAAAACCUACCUCUGACUUACGAAAUCAUCCUAAAUGA